AUGUCUGGAAACUGCUAUUCUAGGAAAUGCCCCUCUGUGCCAGCCAUCUCACUCUGCUCCACUGAGGUGAGCUGCAGAGGGCCUGUCUGCCUGCCUAGUUCCUGUCGGAGCCAGACGUGGCAACUGGUGACUUGUCAAGAUAGCUGUGGAUCAUCUAGCUGUGGCUCACAAUGCUGCCAGCCCUCCUGUCCUGUGAGCAGCUGCGCCCAACCUGUGUGCUGUGAGGCCACCAUUUGUGAGCCUUCCUGUUCUGUGAGCAGCUGUGCCCAACCUGUGUGCUGUGAGGCCACCAUUUGUGAGCCUUCCUGUUCUGUGAGCAGCUGUGCCCAACCUGUGUGCUACGAGGCCACCGUUUGUGAACCUUCCUGUUCUGUGAGCAGCUGUGCCCAACCUGUGUGCUGCGAGGUGACCAUUUGUCAGCCCUCCUGUCCCGUGAACAGCUGUGCCCAACCUGUGUGCUGUGAGAUCCCUUCCUGUCAACCGGUCCUCUGUGUACCCACUCCCUGCCAGCCCACUGUGUGCAAACCCAGCUGCUGCCAGCCAGUUGUCUGUGAGCCCAGCUGCUGUUCAACUGUCUGCACUGUGCCGAGUUCCUGCCAACCAGUGGUUUGUGAGCCACAAACCACUUGCUGUAAGCCGGUGUGCCCCACACCUAGCUGCUGUCCAUCUGUCUGCUCUGUGGCCAAUAGCUGCCAGGCUGUCUGCUGUGACCCCAGUCCUUGUGAGCCAUCUUGCUCGGAGACCAGCACUUGCCAGCCCACCACCUGUGCAGCUCUGGUCUGCGAGCCUGUCUGCUUCCGCCCUGUCUGCCGUGUUCCCAGCUCUUGCGAGCCACCCUGUGGCCCCAGCACUUGCCAAGAGCCACCUUGUUGUGUCUCUAGCAUCUGCCAACCCAUCUGCUCUGAGCCCAGCUCUUGCCCACCGAAUGCCUGUGUGCCCAGGCCACGUCAGCCUGUGUGCUACAUAGUCAAGCGCUCUCAGUCUGUCUGCUGUGAGCCUGUUUCCUGCCCAUCUACUUCCUUCCAAUCUCUUUGCUGCCGCCCAGGGUCUUCUGCAUCUGCCAUCUGCCAACCAGUUUGCUCUCGCACUUUCUACGUGCCCAGCUCCUGCAAACAGUCUUGCACGACUUCAGUUCCCUAUCGCCCAGUUUGCCGCCUAAGCUGCCCCAGAUCCAUCACCUACAGGCAGCCGUAUGUGACAUCCUUCUCCUACCGCCCUGCUUGCUUCCGCCCAUGUUACUCCAUCCUGCGCCGCCCGGCCUGUGUCACUUCUAUCUCUUACCGCCCCGUCUGCUCCCACCUGCCUUGUGCUGACUCCUGCAAAUGGGAUUACAAAAAGUCCACUUCCAGCCCUCCUGAUUGUGCUGACUCAAUGCCCUGCACAGCAGAGGUCUCACGUGCCGAUCCCUGUCAGCCCACCAAGGCCAAGCCCACCAGCCCAAUCACCCAUGCAGCUGCAACCAGUCAGCCUGCUGUCUCUUGA